AUGUCAGUUCAACGAACCGGCCAUCUAGAAAGGACCGCCCAAGAACCACGAGAUGAGAGUCUUCUAAAUGUAAGACUGAGUCGUAUAGACCAUGUCAAUGAGCGAAUUCGGCUGUUUCGCCUUCAGCUCGAAUCGGGGCCAGUCAAGUUCUCAGCCGGCCAGUGGUUAGAUACAUAUGUACCUAAUAAUCCAAAACCAGGCGGCUUCACCAUUACUUCUUCACCCAAAGCCGCGAUGAGACAUGACUCUCCCUACUUCGAAUUAGCAGUUCAAGAAUUCCCCGGUAAUCCUCCUGCAGCAUGGCUCUGGCAGCCGCCAUCUGAUAUCCUGGGAUCUAAACUGCAGGUACGCGUAGGGGGCAGUUUUGUCUUUCCCCCAGCUGAAAUACCUCUUGACAAGAUACGCCGUGUGGUGUUUGUGGCGGGGGGCGUAGGUAUCAACCCUUUUGCCAGCAUGAUGGGUUGUAUAGUGGAGGAGAAUUACCAGCUUGACGUGAGAGUCCUCUAUUCCAGUAAGGUACCCGCGCAAGGAUUGACGGGUGUUCUCUUCCUGGAAAGGAUCAGAACGUGGUUUGAAGAGAACAAAAUUAGUGGCGAUCUAAAAGUCUUUGGAACUGGUGGACAUGGAAAGUAUGAUGAGAGCGGGCUCGAUGUCUCGAAAAGGAGGUUCACCAUUCACGACGUGAAAGAAGCCAUUGCUAGGUAUGAGAACGAGUCUAUCGUAUAUGUAUGUGGACCAGCAGAGAUGACAGAUGAAAUUGUGGAUGGGUUGACGAAGGGUGGCGGAAUGGACAAGAAAAGAGUCAUGUUAGAGAAGUGGUGGUAG